UUUUUUUUUCGAAUCUUUCCGCGAAAGAGAAGGGAUUCAAAGUUAAAUCUGCAUUGAAUUCAUCUCAGAGGUUGGGAGCAAACCUUAGUAGUUGAAUCUCCAGAGCUUCAAUGGCGAUUCGAUGGUCAGAGCUAUGUAUCGUACUGUUGGCACUGUCUUACGCCAUCUGCGUCAUUGCAGCGAAGAGCUACUACGAUGUGUUGCAAGUUCCUAAAGGCGCGUCUGACGAGCAGAUCAAGAGAGCUUAUCGCAAACUCGCUUUGAAGUAUCAUCCCGAUAAGAAUCAAGGCAACGAGGAAGCUACUCGCAAGUUCGCUGAGAUCAACAACGCUUAUGAAGUGCUAUCGGAUGAGGAGAAGAGGGAGAUAUAUAACAAGUAUGGUGAAGAAGGGCUUAAACAGCAUGCUGCUAAUGGAGGACGUGGAGGUGGUGGUGGGGGCAUGAAUAUGCAGGACAUCUUUAGCCAGUUUUUUGGGGGUGGUGGUUCGAGGGAGGAAGAAGAGAAGGUCGUCAAGGGUGAUGACGUGAUUGUGGAACUUGAGGCCACUCUUGAAGAUUUGUACAUGGGAGGCUCUGUCAAGGUAUGGAGGGAGAAGAAUGUAAUAAAACCAGCUCCUGGAAAGAGAAAGUGCAACUGCAGGAAUGAGGUUUAUCACCGACAAGUUGGUCCUGGAAUGUUCCAACAGAUGACAGAGCAGGUCUGUGACAAAUGCCUAAAUGUCAAAUACGAACGCGAAGGAUACUUUGUCACAGUUGAUAUCGAAAAAGGCAUGAAAGAUGGAGAAGAAGUGUCUUUCUACGAAGAUGGUGAACCCAUUCUUGACGGUGAUCCUGGUGACCUUAAGUUCCGAAUCAAAACUGCACCACAUGCCCGUUUCCGGAGAGAUGGCCACGAUCUACACAUGACCGUCAACAUUACACUGGUUGAGGCGCUAGUUGGUUUUGAGAAGUCAUUCAAGCACUUGGAUGAUCACGAUGUUGACAUCGGUUCCAAGGGAAUUACAAAGCCAAAGGAAGUGAAGAAGUUCAAAGGAGAAGGGAUGCCACUUCACUACAGCACAAAGAAAGGCAACCUCUUUGUCACUUUUGAGGUUUUGUUUCCUUCUUCACUCACUGAGGAUCAGAAGAAGAAUAUCAAACAAGUCUUGGCUUAGUAUUUCCUCUCUCUCUUUAGAAAUUUGUUGUUUAAAUAGAACUUGUAAUGAUCCUUAAUAUUUGUAACAUUACUAGGCUUGUUUUGAUAUAGAAUGAUUGAUCUAAUUGUCUUUUAUGUAUCAAAUUCUUUCAUGAUUUCACUGAAAUAUGAUUUACACAA